UUACUUUUCCUUACGGUUUGCAACAUCCGGUUUACAGCGUAUACUCAGGAGUUGGGAACUGCUGCUGUUGCUGCUGCUGCUGUUGCUACUCGACGUCGUUCGUUCAUUCAUCGAUGCAUUCUACGGCCUUUGAAGGUUAUUGCGUCAGAGACCAGUCGACACGCAUGUGAUCAUUUUACCUAUACAUAUAUAUACAUAUACCUAUGUCCACCAUACCACGUGUCAAUGAAAUGUCCGUGUUAAGUCCUGAAAGAAUAAUAUGGUCCAUGUUUUAUUACACAGAUGCUCCUCGAAGCUCUUCUAAUGUGCAUUUUAUUUGUCAACUUUCAAAAUGCGCACAGUCCUGGACAUGAUAAAUCAGUUUUUGUUCUAGCUUUUAUUAACUAGUAAUCGUCGCAUUUAGAGGUAGUCUGGCUUUGGCAUUCAUCUUUUGAAAUGCUCUUUGAAUCCCUGUGUAUUUUGAGUUGGGCUUUUUAAUUCUUUCAGUCGGUCAGUUUUCCUUUAUUUCAAUUGGAUGUCACGAAGAGUGAUGAAAAACGCUAAAAAUUAAACCAAUGAAAUAUGAAUAUAUGUUGAUCAUAACAAUGGAUCCAAUUAAACCUAUGUAGAAACUGAGUUUCUAAACUUUUUACCACCCUCAAUUUUUUCAAUUAAACUUGAAACGAAAUAUUUUCGUAUAAUUAAAUGUAUCUAUCAUUAAUUGUAGUUGAAUGAUUCAUCCAGCAGAAUUUUGAGUUUUUACUUUUAAAAUAGGUUCUGACAAACUUCGGAUUGGAUACAGGAAAAUCCGAGUUAACGAAUCUGAGAGCUGAGACUCUUUAAAUUUUAAAUCGCGGUCUGUACCGUGUUGCUCUGCGACCACUGGGAAAGCGGGUGAAUCAGUUACGGUAGCGUACUAUGAAUGUGUGUCUAGACGCGAGGAGCGUACGUGGGUUCGAUGGAGGGGACGAAAUGUGAAUGAUCCUUAGUUAGUGAAAGAGGGGAAAGGUGGGGGACCGAGUAGAAUGAGUCGUGUGGUGGGGGAGCUUCGGAAAUGGCCGCGGGAAAGUAGAAAGCGGUGUGUUUCGCCUUCGCCCGAUGGUCUCCCCGCGAUUCAUUUUGAUUAAUAAUUAUCGGGCUGCAAUUAUUAACCCUGGAAUGUCGAGGUGCCGGGAAUAACAGCGGUGAAUAUUUAUCGGAUUGAAUUGCCGAUUUUACGCCUCUCGAUUCGGAGGAAACGUACGAAUAAUGGCCGGGGAACUCGGAGCGAACAAUGAAGGGAAAAAGGACAACGAGAUGAGGGAGAGAGAAAAAACUGAAGAGAGCAAGCAGAGUGCGUCAGCUUGGGGGGAGCCGCAUUCCAGAGUGGGCGGCACGGUGGAAUGCGAUCGUGAUCAUCCCGCACAAACCGAUCCCCCAGCAACCGGUCACAGGAAUUCAAACUCAGCCAACGGCCACAUCAACACCAUCGCCAUGGCCAACUGCAGAUACGCCGCUGUCACGAACACCAGGGAUUCAACCUCCUUCAUACAAAUAUGCCAGAUACGACUACAGCAUUUAUUCCCACACCUGUCUCCUCCUCCGUCACGUUACAACGUCUGCGAGGAUUCGAUAGAAUCUACAGCAGAACGGCUUGGUAAUGACGUUAUUCGUUACCUGUUGAAAGAAGACCUCUACAGAGUGUCGAAGGAUGCAGUUUCACGAAGCAUGCGACACAAUGUCCAUCAGAUGCUCAAUAAGCACAGUAUUUUGUUCACCAGCAUGGUGAACAGGCUAAACGUCGUUCCUGAUACCGCAUACGAAGCAUUCAUGGCUGUAGCGGACGAGCUCUUCUGUCACGGAGGGUUCACUUGGGCACGGAUCGUUUGCCUUUACGCCUUCAUGGGAAGGCUUGCACUUUGGGCUAGAGAUAGAAGGAUGUACGCUUUGAAAAAGAAAUUACCAUCUUAUGUGUCUAGAUAUGUAAGCGAAGAAAUUGCACACUUUAUCAAAGGAUACGGAGGAUGGGAACAACUUUGCAUAGAGUAUCCAGUUGCUGAAGAAGUUAGUGGAGCUAUUUGGCGAAGCCUUCUAAUGACUGGAGCGACCCUGGGCUUAAUCGCUACAAUUCUUACCGUAGCAUCUUAGUAGAAUCUCUGGUUCUGAAACGCACGUAAUAUUAUUAUUAACGGAAACACAAUUCUGGAGUACUUAUGUUCUGUGAUUAUUACACCACCUGAAAUAAUUUCCACUAAAAAUUAGGGGUUCUGAACUAAAUGUUAGUGAACAAGGAAAUUGGUUUGAAUUUUGUACGUUUCCACGAUAGAAUUUUUAUCACAGUAACAAUAUAAUGCCUUUAAAAUACGUAUCAGCCAACAGUAAAUGGGACCCCUGAUAAACGAUAGACGAGUUAUAGAAUUAUGACCUAUAGAGAAGAUGCUAAAUUUAAUGAUCUGGAUCUCAAAAAAAACGUAACGAAGAAUCUCUGAAAACAAUGAUAUUGAAUUUAGGUAGAAAGCAAACUAUUUGUAUUUAUUUAUAAUUUAUUCUAGGUAGAAAAUAUAUUAAAUAACAAAUUUCAUGAAUGAACGAUGGGCUCUCGAUUCAUAAAAAGAGAGGACAAUUUCACCACCGCCUGAUAUAUUCAGCAACAAUACUUGCACUAGACUACAAUAAUGAGUAGUCCUUAUACUUUGCACAGUAUGAGAACAGCACCAUCAAUGCAGUCCUAUGAAUUAUAAUAUCUAGUAAGUAGUAAUUAAAAGAUAAUAAAUGUUUUUUAACGAUUUAUGUAUCAUGAUAAUGAAUCUGUAUUUCGUAGUUGUUAGUACCUCUUUCUCAAAGUUUUUUGUACGAAUUUAUUGCGAUAAAUAAAGACAUUUUGAUCUAAU